ACUGUGCAUACCAUUUGCACUUUGCAGAGGCCAUGACGCAUCACGUUUUUCCAAGCACCUAGUUCAUCGUGUCCGUUGGGCUUACGGAAAAUAUUGAAAAUUAAGGUGUAAAAGUGGCAAAAACUGAUCAACGUGACGAGAUGAAUUCGAGAGAGACACAAGAAGCAUCGGGUAAAUCGCAGGUGCCUAAUAGAACAUUGGCAAAACGUAUUUCGGCCAUAGUACAAACCAAAUUGUUCAAAAACCUACAAUCACUUGAACAAUCAUCACCUGAUUCUGGUUGUUUAGGAGACCCUGAACCUAAACGAAGGCGACUUAGCGAAGAUCCAAAUAAAUAUUUACCAACAACAGCUUGUGCUAGUACAAACACAGAUUCUUUAUAUUCUCCAAGGUCAACACAAAAACGUAAAAGCGAAGAUUUGUUAAAUGCAACUACAAGUAAAUCACCAGAGGACGCAGUAAAUCGGGUGUCAUUUAAUUUGAAAAGCUCAUUGCGUUCAGAGGAUGAUACGAAGCGAAAAGAAACUUAUGUAGAUCACAACAGAACGCCAGGAUCGCCUUUCUAUCCAGGUAAUACAACGUAUGGCGGAGAGAACUGGGAAUGCCAUGUUUGCCAUGUAAGAAAUGAUAAACGUAACAGCAAAUGCGUGUGCUGUCAAGUUGAGAAACCAGGGAAGAAGAAACCAGAAAUAACAUUUAAUAUGUGUUUGCCAACUACAACAUUUAUUCUUGGAAGUAGUUUUAAUACAAUUAAUAUUGGCCCCAUGAAGUCGGUGAAUUUUAAAUUUGGAAAUAAAAUUAAUUCAACAAAUGUUUUAAAUUUCGGAGGCCCUUCAGGCAAAUGUGAGUCGCUGACAAUCGAUUCGCAGGGUAACAUAAGAUCUGCAGGGGACAAAAUAAAUGAGAACAUUAUAUUGAGUGGUAAUGGCAUUAACAUAUUUCAAGGCAGCAACAAAGGAUGUAACUCAUUAAUUAAUUUAGGAAGUAAUUUAAAUACAAUUAAUUUUGGCCCCAUGAAGUCGGUGAAUUUUAAAAUUGGAAAUAAUAUUAAUUCAACAAAUGUUUUAAAUUUCGGAGGUCCUUCAGGCAAAUGUGAGUCGCUGACAAUCGUUUCGCAGGGUAACAUAACAUCUGCAGGGAACAUUAUAUCGAGUGGUAAUAAUAGCAUUAACAUAUUUCAAGGCAGCAACAAAGGAUGUAACUCAUUAAUUAAUUUAGGAAGUAAUUUAAAUACAAUUAAUUUUGGCCCUAUGAAGUCGGUGAAUUUUGAAAUUGGAAAUAAUAUUAAUUCAACAAAUGUUUUAAAUUUCGGAGGUCCUUCAGGCAAAUGUGAGUCGCUGACAAUCGUUUCGCAGGGUAACAUAACAUCUGCAGGGAACAUUAUAUCGAGUGGUAAUAAUAGCAUUACCACAUUUCAACGCAGCAACAAAAAACAGACUUGAGUUAUCUGUGUUUAAUGAGUUACAUCUCAUUAAACACAGAUAACUCAAGUCUGUUUACUAGCGUCCAAAGCCAGCCUAAACCAACAGGAGGACUAUUCAGAGUUCAACCACAGACAGAAAACAGUAGUUGGGCUUCUUCUACAAAUUUAUGUUCAGCAUCGCAGAAAGCGGUCCGACGAACAACACCACAAUGAACGCUUUAUAAUCAAAACUAGCCAAGAUAGGUAUUAAAAUUACACCCGUGUCAUGAAUGUCACGUGUUUCGUCUUGAUGAACGAUAUUUAUAUAUUUU